AUUGGCUAGAUGAGGCGGAUCUUCAACGAGCCUUGUCCCAGAGCUGAGAAAAAUGCCUCUGGCUUGUCCGUUUAGAAUCUGACCGGAAGGACCAGAUGUUUGACGCUGAAUUAGGAUCAAGUUGUGACAGAGAGGAGGCAUCGCAACACACAUGAAGAUCUGAGAUCGAAUACCAACCAGUAGUACGGCUGUCAACAGACUGUGAUGGGGGAUCUGGCUGCCCAGACCACCAGUGGCCUGAAGCCGUUUCCCAGGGUGACGGUGGAGGUGCUGGGAGAGGAUGAGAUCACCCUGGACUCUGUGCUACGUGGGAAGUUCACUGUUGGUCGCAGUGGGCUGGCCUGGCUGGCCUGUGGCCCCCACCUGGAGGUGGUCCACGCCGUAACGGGGGAGCGGCGGUCAGCCUACUGCUUCAGUGGGGGUGGGGAGCACCCCCCCUCUGUGCUGGCUGCCAGGGACUUCAGCUGGCUGAAGAGGUCGGGUCUCCUGGUGGGGCUGGCGGUCGCGGAGGGAAGCCUGCUGUGCCUCUACGACUUGGGCAUUGCACGCGUGGUGAAGGCUGUGGUUGUACCAGGCAGGAUCACAGCCAUCGAGCCCCUGGUGAGCUACGGGGGUGCAGGUGCAGGCACGCAGCACCUGCACCAGAGCCUGCGCUGGUUCUUUGGCGUGGUUGCCGUGGUUACAGACCUGGGCCACAUCCUAUUGGUCGACCUGUGUCUGGACGACCUGUCCUGUAGUCAGAGUGAGCUGGAGGCUUCAGACCUGGAGGUGGUGACCCUGUCCCCCUCUGAGGUCCCCCGGCUGAGGGAGGUGGAGGCCAGGCAGGGGAGGCACCUGUGUGUGCAGCUCAGCUCAUCGGGGCCCGGGGCCUCGGCCCUGCAGUACCUCCCCCGCACCAACCAGCUGGCUGUGGGCUCCACCGAUGGAACCCUGCAGCUCUGGAACAUGAAGACCCUCAAGAGGGAGUACCAUUCCCAGCUGGAGGGGGGCAGGGUGCCUGUUCAUGCCUUCACCUUCCAAGAGCCUGAAAACGACCCCAGGAACUGCUGCUACCUGUGGGCUGUCCAGUCAUCCCAGGAGCAUGAGGGAGAUGUGUUGAGCCUCCACCUGCUCCAGCUGGCCUUCAGUGACAGGAAGUGUCUGUCAUCCGGCAGGAUACUGUAUGAGGGGCUGGAGUACUGUGAGGAGCGCUACAGCCAGGCCCUGGCCGGGGCCCCCUGGCCUGGCAGGGGCAGCAGCUAUCGCCUGCUCAGCUGCCAGACCAUCGAGAAGGUUCACCACCCCAACCCAGACAGGGACGACAGCGUCAACGAAGUGACGUCUCCAGACACCAGCGUGUCGGUGUUCAGCUGGCAGGUGAAGCCCUUUGGACAGGGAAACCCUUCCACCUACAUCUGUGUGUUCGACAUCAACCGCUGGUACCACGCCCAGAUGCCUGACUCUCUCAGAGUGGGGGAGUCCCUGCGGAGCUGUGCGUACCAGGCGGUGUGGUGUGUGGAGGGUGUGGGGGAGGCCUGGUGGUCCUGCCCCCUGCUGGACGUGCAGGUGAAUGAGCGCUCCCUCAGCAGAGGCCUGCCCCCCUCCUGCCCCGCCCCCGACGCCCUCUUCUGCCCCACCGCAUACAACUUCGAGGCCAGCUGUCUUCUCAGCGUCGGCUUGGUCCACCUCAGCUGCUCCGGGUACCAGAAGGAGACCCUGAGCUUCCUGAAGAAGGUGUCUCUGGUGUCCAGUGAGGUGAUAUCUUCCUGCUACUCUCGCUGCCUCUUGUCUGGUCUAGUGUCCUCACGCCUGGCAGCCCUCCAGCCCUCCAGCCUGUCUCAGGAGGAGCAGUUAGACGCGGUGCUGAGCACAGCGGUGGAGACCAGCUCUCUCAGCCUCAUCACAGGCUGCAUCAGGCAGUGGACCACCGAGGAUGCUCCAGGCUGUGUUGUGUCUCUACGCUACAUCCUGGAGUGGACUUGGAACAAGGUGGUCCACACCAAGCAGGACCUGGACACCUCCUGUGCUCCUCUUUUCGACAGCUCCUCCAACUUCACAGACCCCCAGAUCCUGCAGCAUCUCCAGCACAGCCAGAGGUUGCUGGGCAACCUCAGCAUCAUCCUCCGCUGCCUGCUGAAGGAGGCCCAGACGCUCACACACACAGGGCGGCAGGGCCUGCUGAAUAAGAGCAUGGUGUCUGCUCUCAUCUCCCAGUACGCCAAGGUGCUGCUCUGGUUCUGCAGGACCGGACUCCUGCCCGAGGGCUCCGAUGAGGACUCUGUUCCGAUCUCCAGGCCCCUCUACAGGUACUCUGCAAUCAGGGGCUACUACACCCUCCGCAGGGAGGAGCUCCAGGGCCUCCGCAGGGGGAAAGGCUCUGACGGCCUGAUGAUUGACGGGCUGGUGGGCCAGUGUGGCGAGCGCGUGGCCGACCUGUGGAGGCGGGACAAGGGCGGGACUGGACUGUACCCGCCCCCAACCCUGCAUGCGCUGCUGGACGUGUACCUGCUGGAGGAUGUUGAGGAGACGGCUAAACAUGCCCUGGUCAUCUACCUGCUGCUGGAUGUCAUGUACACUUUCCCCAGUAAGAGUGCAGCGUGUGUGGAGUCCUUCCCCACCGCCUUCUCCCUCCCUGUCAGACUGGUGAAGCUGGUGCAGGGCCUCUGGCUGCUGGACCACCACGACUACCAGAACUCCCUGGAGCUGCUCCUCCACCCGUCCUCCCUGCCGGCCCCGUGGGACUGGCACCACGGCUGUGUGCUGCAGGCCCUGCUCAGCCAGGGCCAGGCGGUGCUGGCUCUGCGCUACCUGCAAGCCACACGCCCCCUGCUGGCCGCGCCACAGCACGCCCCCCUCUGCAUCGCCGUGCUGCUGCACAACAGGUGUGUGGUGGAGGCGCUGGCCCUGGUGAGGCAGCAGGGUGUGUGUGAGAGGGUGGAGGAGCUGCUGUGUGCUGUGUUCCUGGGCUGUCAGGACCUGGGUCUAAUGACCCUGCUACUACGCCUGCCGCUACGCCUCCGGGAGCAGGAAUGUCUGGAGACCUUCCUGCAGAGUGGGGGGGGGAUCCAGAACAGAGAGCUGCUCCUGGUUCACUACCUCCAGCAGUCCAACUAUACUGCUGCUCUACAGCUCAACCACAGCCUCAGGACCAACAUGGUGAGCGAGAGGGAUUCCAGAGUGAAGGAGCGCUCCAGCACCAGGAAUUCCAUCCUGGAUAUGUACGGCAAGGUCCUGCCCCGGGCCCAGCGCAGGCUGGCCAUGGAGAGAAGCAGGCCCUACCAGCACCCCUCCACACUCCUCACACAUGUCUCUCGACCACAGCCUCUCUCCAGUGUCCCCAGGCGCUUGGCCAGUGAGAAGGUUCUGACGAGGGCAGGGUUCAUCAGUGACGUGCUGACCAAGAUCGGAGAGGUGUGGGUGGGCAAGGAGCCCCUCCCCCCCACCUCCCCCCUCAGAAGCCCAAAGUCUCCCUCUCCCCUGCUGCCCCCUGACCGCCCAGACCCCUUCCUGGGCACCCCCAUCACCAUGGCAGCAAGGAGGAAGUCCAGGCUCCUGGAUGUGGUAGUGCCCCCCUUCUCCUCGGCCCCCCUGCUCACCCCCCCCAGGAGGAGCUGGGGCCCUCCUAGGAGUGCCACCAAGGCCCCCGAACUCUCCCUGCUGCAGACCCCACAGGUGGUCAAGCGAGCGCGGGCGCUGGCUGCGUCGGGUCCUGUGUUUUCUUCCUUCACCCCCCAGUCCAUCCUCCGCUCCAGCCUGCGCCCCACCCCCGUGGCCUCCCCCUCCGCCUCCCCCGCCCGCUCCCUCACCCCCCCGCCACGCCCCAAGGAGAGCCGCAUCACCUUCAUAGAGGAGGCCCAGCUCCCCCACCCAGACUCCAACUGCUGGAGAAACGGGGUGGCAACAGAGAGGGAGUUGGAGCGCCUUGAGUCAGAGAGCGGAUCCUCAAUCCAGGAGGUUGCCGUGGACAAGGCGUUGUCGGGGCUCUUGCGAACACCGUUGACAGGGAGACUCAGCUUGGGCCUAGACAUGAGUGUGGCGUCCGUCCAAUCAGCUGACACCACCUUGGAGUUCCACGACGCCCUCCCCCCCGAGGACCUGGAGGGGGAGGGACUUCUACAGGACGACAUCCAGGAAGUGACCAAACAGGAAGUGAUGCAAGGAUCCCAGAGGGACACAGAGGCACAGGAAGUGCUGCCCCUCCAGGAAGAAGGGCCCGCAGCAGCCAAACAGCAAAGUGUUCUCCCAUCUUUGGAACAGGAGCAGGCUGAUGGGCAGGAAGUUGAGUCGGUGGGACAGGAAGUGACAGCAGAGCGGCUUCCUGAAGAGGAAGUGAAGAUGGAGGUUCGCCCAGAACAGGAAGACCAAGUGGUAGAAAAGGAGGAGGAGCCCAUUACCCAACAGGAAGUAGAACAGCCUCCUGACCUGGAAGUGGUCGAGGGGCCUAAAGGUCACCAGGAAGUGUGUGAGGUGGUCAGCAGUGAGGAACCAGUGGAGGAGACCACAGAGCAGGAGGAGGAGAAUAUAGAGGAGGUGGAGGAGGAGGACCAGAAGGAGGAGGUUGUGGUGUUGGAGGAGAAGGUGGUGGAGGAGGAGGACCAGGAGGAAGAGGACAUACAGAAGGAGGAGGACAUGCAGCAGGAGCAGACGUCUCCUCCAGAGGAUCUGAUGGAGACCUCAGGUCUUUCAGACUUUGUGGAGCGUCAUCUGUUUGGUGAUGACUUGUCUCUCACCCGCUCUGGCAUACACGAGGACAGCUGGACCUCCAUCAACAGUGACCCUGCGUCCGGUGAGGGAGAGGAACCGGUGCCCGAGUCUCCCCGGGCCCUGACCACCCAGACAUCCGUCUCCUCGGGCCACACCGGGACAGACUCCCAGUCUGUGGUCAGUCUGAACGACAGUGAGGACCUCUCCAGCCCUUCCUCUGAGGAGGAGGAGGAGGAAGCGGAGGAGGGGUCGGACGCUCCGGAAGAAGAGGAAGAGGAGGAGGAGGAUGAUUCUGGCAGCGAGGUGGAGAUCAUUGAGGAGGUGGCAGGAAACUGGGGUCCAAACUCCAGGCUCUUCAGGGAACGACCUGCCCCUCGUUACCCUCCUGACCUAUCAGAGCAGGACGCCGCUGUGCUCUCAUUGGUCACAUCCGAGGCAGGCCUAAAACAACAGGAGGAGGAGGUGUUCAUCGUUAGGCUGGGCACAGGAGGAGCUGAGGAGGAGAGAGGGUCCUGCUACACCCAGCUGAAGUCCUCCUCCACCCUCCUGGUGCCCCUGGAGCUGGUGGAGGAUCCGGGGCAGGCCCUGAUCCACCAGGCCCAGACAGUGCUCACCACCCUGGUGCAUGGGGUCGAGCCAGAGGCCCCCACCUCCGGAGCUCAGGGCUUCUCCCUGAUGCUUGAGGAUGAGGAUGAGGAUGUGGACCCGGAUGCAGACACGCUACCCCUGGAGACCGGUGUGGAGCCCAGCCACGCGGCAGAGGCUGUGGCCCAGCCUGAAGUCCUAUUCCUUGGCACGGAGGAGAUCGAGAAGCCCCUGGAGGGUCAAGAGACAGACAUGGUCACCCUGGAGAGGAUGGAAGAUGUCUGUGAAGAAGCAGAGGCAGUGGUGGAGACGGAGGCAGUGAGAGAGGCAGGGAUAGAAGGAGAGGUAGAUGGAGAGGGAGUGGGUGAGGCAGAGGUGGAGACUGAGGCAGUGAGAGAGGCAGAUGAAGAGGGAGUGGGUGAGGCAGAGAUGGAGACGGAGGCAGUGGGAAAGGCAGGGAUAGAGGGAGAGGUAGAUAAAGAGGGAGAAGCAGAGGGAGUGGGUGAGGCAGAGGUGGAGAGAGAGGCAGUGAGAGAGGGAGAGGUAGAUAAAGAGGGAGAAGCAGAGGGAGUGGGUGAGGCAGAGGUGGAGAGAGAGGCAGGGAUAGAGGGAGAAGCAGAGGGAGUGGGUGAGGCAGAGGUGGAGAGAGAGGCAGGGAUAGAGGGAGAAGCAGAGGGAGUGGGUGAGGCAGAGGUGGAGAGAGAGGCAGUGAGAGAGGGAGUGGGAGAGGAGGCAGCCACUGCUGCAAUGGAGGCAGAUGGAAUCGAGGCUGUGGUUACCGUGGAUGCAGUUGUGAAUGUGGGUGUGGGACGGACUGAGGCUGCGACAGAAACAAACCCCAACGUGUACUCUGAGGCAGCAGAGGCCAACGUGUACUCUGAGGCAGCAGAGGCCAACGUGUACUCUGAGGCAGCAGAGGCCUCACAGACCAGGCCAGCUUCUGAGGCUGUCUCUGGCCUGUGUGAGCAUACAGAACCCCCCCCUCCUGCUCCUGCAGCUCCGGAGGAGGAGAAGCCCUUUCAGGAGGAAAUGACCUCAUGUGGAGAGAUGAACUUCACUGAAGCUGAGCUCCAGUCAGACCUCCUGUCCUCCGGCCCAGCAGAGACCAGCCCCAACCUCAGCCUCGGUCCCAGCCCUGAACCUGCGGAGGUCAAGCAGGACCCAGAACUGGUCCAGACAGCCGUUGGUGGAGAGCCUCAGGAGCACAGAGAGAUGGAGAGCGCCGAGGUGGAGGCUGGGGUGAAGUCCCUCCCAGAUGAAACCACCCAGGCUCCCUCCACGCCUCCACGCAAGACCAGGGCCUCCGUGACGAGCAGAAACACCCCCCUUGCCCCCCCCAGCACACGCAGGAGGGGCCGCCCCCCUGCUACGCCCCGCCCCCCAGCUUCGACCCUCCCCCCUGCCCCUCCAGGGGUGGAGGCCGACAGCUGCACCCCCACCCCGGCUAAACGCCGCGCCCCUCACAAGACCUCCCCCAGGACGACCCGCAGCACCAGGAAAACCAGGGGAAGAGGGGAGCAGGAGGGGGAGGAGUCUGUUCUCCCUGCUCCACGCAGCACCAGGAAAACCAGGGCGGGGUCCCCCACAGCCCCCGGGUCAGACCAGGGGAGCCCAGCUAGUGACCCCCCCCCUCGGAGGACUACCAGAGGAAGGAGAGCAGUGCCUCCAAGGACGGCUGAGGCUCCUCUCCCCUCUCAGGCUCCUCCCUCCUCACGUACCAGACGAGCCACUCGGGAUCAGAGCGAGGCAGGAGGCGAGGCAGGAGGCGAGGCUGACAGCAAGUCUGUUCCCAGGGGCAGCAGGAAGAGACUCACCAAGAGCAGAGCAGCUUCUCCUCCUCCAGCUGUAGCUGAUGUCAUGUCCCCCCUGCCCAGCCCCGCCCCGCCCCUCCCAAAAGCCCCGCGGACAGCAGAGGAGGCCCCGCCCCUCCGUAUGAACCUCCGCUACAAACGCAUCCUGGACUCCAUCCUGCCCAAGCCAGUCACACGCAGGAGGAAGCUAUGACCAACGCUGUUUUAGAGUAUGAAACCUUUUGUAGAAUGUACAUGUUUUAAGUUUUUGCUACAAAUAAUUAGAAUAAAAUUGAAUUGAUAUUUUGCUUGGCUUUUAAUGUUUUGAUAAGAUUAAAGUAACAAUCAAGAUGCCAAUGUUGGAAUUAUUUUUAAUGUAAAGUAUUUUGUGAUGUUUUUGGAAGAAGUCUUUGUACUCGUAGCAUCAGCCAGCACACCAGGCUGCUUCUCCUGUGUUCAGAAGAGGUCACAGGCAGCAUUCUGGUGUGGACGUUAAACCACAAAACACCAAAUCUAUUACCUGAUACACAAGAUGAGCGCUAAGGACUAAUCCAGUAUGUCUUGAACUCUUGAAUGUUUGUAGCCAUGGAGCUUGAGGUUUCUCAAAGAAACUUCCAGCACACCGGCUAGUGUUUCCUCAGCAGAAAACAGGUGUGUGGUGUCUGUUCAGGGAUGCUGUGCUGAUUGGCUUGUUCUACUCCCAUCAGUUGCUUCCCCUCUCACUUCUAGGCUGGUCUCCAUUGUGUUUGUUGAUUUAUCUUUGACAGUUAAAGCUGAUUUGUAUCAUUAA